AUGAGUUCUCCAAUACUUGCCACUCUACAGACGCCAGACGAGAGAACGUCCUGCGAGGUGAAUCUCAAUGACGAUGGGGAUAUGAAAAAGACAUUAAGAGCCCUGAUGCUUCAAGGAUAUAUCAUCCUGAAAGACGCGACCAUGGUCGAGGAAUGCUGGGAGGGCGCAGUGCAAGAUCUGUCGAACCAUCGGCUUGUUCAGAAAAUCAUGACCGCUAACAACGAAGAUGGGUUCGUUGUCCUUCACCACGAAUGCUAUUAUAUGGAAGCAGGGCAGCAGCCAAUUCAGCACAACAAUAGCGCCGCGCGAAGAGCCGAGCCUAUGUUCCUCGCCUUCCAUUUGGGAGGUCAAAAGGGUGUUACGAAAUGGGUCAUCACUUGCGACGAGGGUGAAAACGGUGAGAUGACGGAGAUCUAUGUUCCAGUGGAGGCUGUGGCGGGCGACAUUUUUCUCUGUAAUGCUCGGCAUGAUCGGUCGGACCCAGCGCCUUGUAUACCAAAAGAUGCUUUGUGCAACUUGAUAAGGAUCCAGUAUAAAGCGAAACCUUUCCCCUGA